AUGGAGACUCACGUGGAUGCCUUGGCCCCUCGUCGUAUGUUCAAUGGCCUCUUGAGCUCCGAACACGAACACACCUAUCAAUCAAAUCACAUUCUGGCUGAGCUCUGCAGGGUGGAGAAGCUGAUUGACAGAUUUGCUGAGCGCUACUGCAAUCCGGCCAAUGCCGCCGACACAGGCAUCCAUUGCGGCGUCUACGUGGCCAUGGAGAAGUCGCUUCGAAGCUGCGUACGCGAUACUUUUAGAAUCACCAUGUCAACUGCGCCAGAGAACGUCAAGCGUCAGAUGGCAUCGCGGACCCAGAGCUGCUUACGCAUUAACACAAUAUGA